AUGACUACUGGUGAGGACGAUAAUCAAUCCACACCAAGUGUGAGUGAGUCUCUGAAUCAGUCAGGUGUUGACACUCGUAGCCCUUUGUAUAUGCAUCCAUCUGAUAAUCCCGGGGCAGCCUUAGUCCCCGUUCCUUUUGAUGGUUUUGGUUAUCGAUCAUGGAGAAGAGGUGUGAUGCGAGCAUUAUCUGUGAAGAACAAAUUGGGAUUUAUCAACGGAGAAUGUAAAAGACCAGAUCUGGAUUCAUCAAAAUUUCGCUUGUGGGAGAGAUGUGAUGAUAUGGUCACAUCGUGGAUCCUAAACUCUUUGACCAAAGAAAUUGCAGACAGUGUAGAAUAUGUAGCUGAUGCAUUCGAUUUGUGGAGAGAACUUGAGGAUCGAUAUGACCAAACAAAUGGGACAAAUUUGUACCAAAUUCAGAAAGAGAUCAAUGAUCUAUCUCAAGGAUCCCUUGAUAUCACUAGUUAUUACACAAAAAUGAAAAAAUUAUGGGAGGAACUCAAUACCUUGAUUGCCAAAUUUCAUUGCACAUGA